CGAAGAACGGCACAGCGAGCUGCCGGUACGCUGCCCCCCGUGCGGCAGGCGUUCGCUUCUAGCCGCACUCGGGCUUUCGGUAAGCCAGCGAGCGACAGCCCCGGUUCGGUUUCAGCCCACGCCCACCCCGGCUCCCCCCCGCCCACUCACAGAGCAUGGGGCUAGACCACGAGGCGCGCCUCGCGGCGCUCGAGGCCCAGCUCGGUCAACUGACCGACGCCUGCUCGCGACGCCGCCUCGACGAGCAUGCGGGCCACAUCGAUGAGACGGUUGUCGACGCGUUCUUCUUGCUCGUCGCGGCCGUGGGCGUCAGUGCAUAAAUCAAAUUUCGAGACGGACAAUUCACUGGUCGAUUUUUGCACAGGUCGGGGUUUUCUCGAUGCAGCAGGGCUUCGCCAUGCUGGAAGUCGGCUCCUGCGCGAAGGAUCACACGAAAGAGAUAUUGCUUAAAAACAUCAUGGACAUCGCCAUCGGCGCGGCGAGCUGGUGGAUCGUGGGCCACGCCAUCGCGAACGGCGACGACAGCUUUAGAAAUUCGGGCGCCAACGGCGUCUUCGGCACGUCCGGCUUUGGCUACAUCAACGCCGCGACGGUUGGGAAGCCGGGCUUUGGGGGGCAGGCGGAGUGGUUCUUCGGGCUGAGUUUCGCGGCGACGUCCGCGACGAUCGUCUCGGGCGCGAUCGCCGAGCGGUGCAACAUGAUCCCCUACUUCCUGCUGGCGUGCCUGCUGACGGCCUUCGUGUACCCGGUCGUGGCGCACGUCGCCUGGCACGAGAGUGGGCGGCUGUCCGCGUACCGGGACGAGAGGCUCGCGUUCGGCUGUGGGCUUCUCGAUUUCGCCGGAGGAGGGGUCGUACAUCUGACUGGCGGUGUCGCCGCGCUCGCUGCGGCGUGGUCCGUCGGGCCGCGGGACAACAAGUACACGUCGCGGGGUGACCCGGUGCCCAUGCGGCAACAGUCCGUCGUUUUGCAGGUCCUGGGCACGCUCACGCUCUGGCUCGGCUGGUUCGCCUUCAACGGCGGCAGCGUCCUGUCGGCCUCGCGGGCGGGCAUCGCGGCCCACUGUUGUUUUCUGUGUGGAAAUCAACCAGUGCGUCGGGCACCGACACCGCCACGCUAUCGAGCAGGCGUCGCGUCAAUGGCGCGGAGGACGAUGCGAACGCGCCGUAAAAUUUUGAUUUCCACACAGGUUGUUUUACUACGACUCUGAGCGGUGCUGCAGCGUGCCUCAGCACGGGCGUUUUUUUCUACGCGACGAAGCGGCGCGUCGACCCCGCGGCCGCCUGCAACGGAAUCCUGGCGGGCCUCGUCGCGAUCACGCCGGGCUGCGCGACGUCGAACGCGCUCGGCGCUAUGUUCACGGGCCUCGUGGCCGGGCCGCUCUACGGCGCGUCCGCGCACUUCGUGGAAUACAAGCUGCGCAUCGACGACGUCUGCAGCGCCGUCUCCGUGCACGCGACCUGCGGCAUGUGGGGCCUCAUCGCGGCCGCGCUCUUCGCAACCCCUCGGUACUACGACGCAGCUUACGAGACGAGUCGGGGCCAACGGUGCAUGGGCGCGUUCUACGGCGGCAAUGGCAAUUCGCUCGCCGCGGCCAUCGUAUUCAUCCUGCUGGACGCGGCCUGGGUCGCGGUCCCGGUCCUAGGCCUCUUCGCGGUCAUGAAGCGGACCUGCGGCGUGCGGUCGGACUUUGGGGGCCGCACUUCGGAUUCUGAGCUCGAUUCGUCGAAGCACGGGGACGUGAUCCUGCCCACGUCGGUCAAGAUGCCCGGCUCGGCCGAGCUGCGCGCCGCGGCGGGGUCGGACGACUCCAUCCUCGACGGCCUCGCGCCCGCGGGCGGCAUCUCCGAGGCCAAGUCCUGACCACGCGACCCCCUCCCCCCGCCACUGGCGGCAUUAUAAUUUGAAUUCUACUACCAGUAC